GCCCAAUCAUAUCCUCGAAAACACAAAUAACGUUUUUCCGGCCACCGGCAGCUCUCACCUUAACCUCACACUGUUCUUCCUUCUCUUCUCACAACCGCCAUUUUUUAAGUUUAACGAAAUGAUGUAUUCUAGAGGUGCAAAAAUGUCGAUUGAGGUUUUAUGCAGGCGAGUGAGUACUCCUAUAAAUUCUAGAUACGGUUACUCAACACUAACGUAUAGAGAAAACUACAUUUCUGAACCAAAAAGGAAUGAAACACAUUGUACACUUGUUAGAAAAUACUCAACCGAGGUUUCGCCUUCGGAUCAUAUGGGUCUCAUUAAAAAGUUGAGAGAAAGAACUAGUGCUCCUAUCAAAGAUGUCAAGUCUGCUCUUGUUAAUUGCAAUUGGGAUUUAGAUGCUGCUCAAAAGGAACUAAGGAAAAGGGGAAUUGUUCUUGCAUCAAAAAAGUCGGCUCGUACUGCAGCUGAGGGUUUGCUUGCUUUGGCGCAGAAUGACACCAAGGCUGUUGUUAUUGAACUUAACUGUGAAACUGAUUUUGUUGCAAGAAAUGAAAUAUUUCAAAACCUGGCUUUAUCUCUGGCCAAGUUGGCACUAUCUGCUGAAACUUCAGGACAUGUAACAGGUGCCAUCCCUUUUGGACUUCAGACUUUGGAGGAUUUGAAGAUCAGUUUUGACCAUCCCAAAUUAAGCGGAGAAACAACAGUUCAAAAUGCAAUUACAGAAGUGGCUGCUAUGAUGGGUGAAAACGUAAAACUUAGAAGGGGUUUUGCAAUGUCCAUGUCUAAGCAUGGUUUAAUGUCUACAUAUCUUCACACUUCUCCCCAGCCUGGGUUGGGACGUAUUGCUGGAAUCUUGUCACUUGAAGUUGAGGAUGAAAAUGCUUCGUUGGAUGCUGUUCAACGUGUUGGUUCGGAAUUGGCCAUGCAUGUUGUGGCUGCAAAGCCUCUAGUUUUAACCAAGGAACUCGUUUCUUCUGACGCUGUCCAGAAUGAACGUGAGAUUCUAAAAUCUCAGGCUGAAAGUUCGGGUAGGCCCCAGGCAGCAAUAGAAAAGAUGGUUGAAGGUCGAUUAAGGAAGUAUUUUGAGGAAGUUGUUCUAAUGGAGCAAAAAUUUAUUGUGAAUGACACUAUUAAUGUGAAGACACUCUUAAGUGAACUAUCCAAGGAAAUUGGAUCCCCUGUGAAAAUUGGAAACUUUUUAAGAGUGGAAGUUGGAGAAGGACUUCAGAGGGCCGAUGCUCCUGAAGCUUUAGCACAAGCAGCAUGAUGCGGUGAUCUCAUUUAUCUUAUUCUUGUUGGUUAAUUAUAAUGUGCAUGUACAUUUAGCUCAGAUUUUUGCUUUCAGAUGCUGAGAAUUUACAUGAAUUUUGCAGACCUCUAGUGUAAGAAUUGUAACAGGGUUUCAAUAAAUCUUAGCAUGUCAUUAA